AUUCAAGUACCUACAUGGGCCCCUGCCUGAGACCUAGACCACCGGGGUCGGAUCAUCGACCAAGUGGCCUUGCAGGCGGCCAGCGCGAGGCGAGAGUGGGUGAGAGACCCGCUCGCCAACGCAGUCUUGCUCAGGGCUUUUUUGGAUGGAGAAGCAUGAUUCUGUUGUCCCGGAAUUAAAGUUAGCUAACUCACUCACAGUCACUAGUCAAGAAUACUCCACGCAGUUGUUCCUUAUGCGCUGUUCCAUGCAUGCAUGACGGUGUUGUCAGCAGACAUCAUGAUUGUUCAUUUUCAGAUGAAAACUCUCAUAUAUAAUAGACAUCUCGCUCCGGUUUUGGU